AUGGUUCUUCGACAAAGGACCGUUGUUGGCUUGCAAAUUCGCCGUACUGAUAAAGUUGGCACAGAAGCGGCGUUCCACUCGGUCGAAGAGUACAUGUUAUGGACAGAGCGGUGGUUUAAAAUCCAAGACCGCAAACACGGACGAAACGUCGCCCGACGAGUAUUCGUCGCAACCGACGAUCCAUCAGUUUUUCCUGAAAUCAAAAAGAAAUUCCCGUCGUAUGAAGUGUUCGGUGACGAGAAAACGGCACACACUGCUCAGCUGGAAAGUCGCUACAGCGACAGUUCACUGUACGGAGUUGUGAGGGAUAUUCGACUUCUCAGUCAUUGUGACUACCUCGUUUGCACGUUCUCCAGCCAG